AUGAUCCUCCUGUUGGGUGAUCUGUAUUUGAGACCCUUCAUCUUGUGCAAGCAUUCCAGUACACAGACAAACAUGGGGAAGUCUGCCCUACUGGUUGGAAACCUGGCAGUGAAACAAUAA